AUGCGCAUCUCUGCACACGGCAAUCUCGGGUCCGCCGGCCGGAUGGACCACCGCAUCGACAUCUCCGAGAUUAGGCUCCGUCUGGAACACCAUAGGAGGCCACAAGGUAAGUGAGCCCUCAGGUAAGUGAACAUUGUUCUGCUGCAUUUGCUUUCGCUUGUUCUUUUCUUCUCGUUCACUGUCUGCUUGUUUGCGUUUUUCCUUAUUGUAGGCUUACUUUUGUUUUGUUGAAUUUGUCUACUCAACGAUUGUAUUUCAGCAACCAGUUAGCCUAGAGGGGGACGCGAAAGCCCUGCCUGCCGUCUCUCUACCCUCCCCCCAUUCUCUCCCUCCCGCCUUAAAGUCCUAAGGCGUUGUCGCAAACAGUCCCAGGCUAACUCGGGUCGUUCUUCCACUAAACAAAAGUCAUGGUCAAUAGUGGAGUUCGGCAGUCGUCUAGGACAACUGGGCAGCCCUAUUUAGGGAGAGCACUGCUCACCCCCGCGAGAGGAAAGGGGCUAGAAAAAGUGCCCUAAACAAAUGCUGGAACCCCACGACAUCUGCAGGCUGACCGUGGCUUUAGACCCAAAAUUCACGGUCGAAACAACAAAAUCAGAAACAACACACUUUCUCUCCCCCCUCCCCCACCCCGCUGCCCCCCUCGCCAGACUGGUAGGGUUCGUUCGCUCACUCUGGCAGCCUGGAAUAUUCAGUCCCUCUUACACAAUCCGAGGAGUGAACGACCGGAAUGGAGGACGGCACUAAUGGCUCGGGGUAGGCCCGCUGCAAGGUGGACGUCGCCGCACUCAGCGGGACCUUCUUCUGCGAACAAUGCCAACUGGAGGAUGUUGGUGCGGGCUACAUCUUCUUCUGGAGCAGUCUUUCCAAGACAUAGCUACGGGAUUCGGGCGUCUCCUUUGCCACCCCAGACGACAUCGUGCGACGACUGCCCUGUUUGCCGCGGGACAUCAACGAUCGCCUGAUGAGCCUUCACCUGCCUCUCCAGGAGGCAGACUUGCCACCAUCGUCAGCGUCUAAGCUUCCCUGAUGGCCAGCCCUGACGAGGCGAGAAACAAAUUCUACGAGGACCUGAACGUCAUACUGGUAAAUGUGCCAAAGGCGGAUAAGUUAAUUUUCCUUGGUGACUUCAACACCCGCGUCGGCACAGAUCAUGCUAUCUGAAGAGGAGUGCGGGGUCUAUUGCUCUCAACGACUCUAACGACAAUGGUCUGCUCCUUUUACGAACCUGCACAGGAAACCGGCUCGUCCUGAGCACUAACUUCUUCCGCCUCUAAAUGCGAGCGAAAGCCAUCUGAAUGCUCCUUCGGUUGCGACAUUGGCACCUGAUGACCUAUCUCCUCGUCCGCAGGCGAGGCCAGCGGAAUGUGCUGAUGACGAAGCCGAUCCCGGGUGCUGACGAGUGGACCGACUAUCGCCUCGUCAUCUCCCAAAUGCGGACUUGCCUACAGCCUCGCAGGAGACCUCAAAGUAGGUGACCGCCGGGUAUGCCAAAUAUUGCUUCGUUGUUUUUGCUUGCUCACCAUCUUCACUUCAGCUACUGGCUAGUUCAAAAACUAGACAACCUUCCCUCACCACCGCCGCUGCUGACGAAAACGUUUCCGUGGAGAACCGAUGAUGCAGACUAAGGAACACAGUCCAGUCGACGGCCCUGACUAUCUUCGGUCGCGCACGUCGCCAUCAUCGGGACUGCUUCGACGACGACGACGACGACGACGACGACGACGAAGCCAUCAGCAAUCUGCUCACCAUAAAGAACCGCCUGCACAAAGCCGGCGUCGACCGCCCCACCGACGGCAACAAAGCAGCCUUCUAACGUAGUCGCAGCCAUGUGCAAGAGCGGCUGCGCGAGAUACAGGACGCCUGGACGCGAAUCGCAACGAAUGAAAGAACUUCUUUGUCGCGAUCAAAGCUGUCUACGGUCCGCCAACCAAAGCAACUCCACCUCUUUUCAGCGCCGACGGCACUACCCUACUCACUGAGAAGACAAAAAUUCCACAGCGAGGGGCCAAGCACUGCAGAGUCGUCCUCGACUGCCUCUCCACCAUCUUCGAAACCGCCAUCGCCCGGUUGCCUCAAGUGGAGACCAACGCCAACCUCUACCUCCCGCCCUCUCUCCACGAAACCACCAGGGCCAUGCGACAGUUCUACAGCAGGAAAGCGCCCGGAUCGGACGCGGACGCGAUUCCUGCUGAGAUCAACAAGCACGGUGACACGCAACUCAUGGAUCAUCUGAUGGCGCUCUUUCAGGUAAUGUGACAUCAAGGGGAAGUCCCGUAGAAUUUCAGUGACGCUACAAUCGUACAUCUCUAUAAACGGAAAGGUAAGCUCCAGCUCUGCGAUAGCCAUCGAAGCAUCUCCUUACUGAAAACUGCCGGGAAAGUUUUCGCUCGCAUCCUCCUCAACCGCCUGAACAACUAUCUGGGACAACGUUUCCUGCCGGAAAGCCAGUUUGCGGCUUUCGCCCUCAUCGUGGGACCACGGACAUGGUCUUCGCCCCCGCCGACUGUAAGAAAAGUGUCAGAAGAUGCGGACCCACCUCUGCUCUAACUUCGUGGAUCCGACGAAAGCAUUUGGCACGGUGAGUCGCGAAGGGCUGUAGAAAAUUAUGCAGAAAUUCGGCCGUCGUGAGCGAUUUACUCAGAUAGUGCGUCAGCUCCACGAUAACAUGAUGACGUGAGUCACGGAUAAGGGAACUGUCUCAGAGACAUUCGCAGUGACCAACGGAGUGAAGCAGGACUGUGUCCUCGCGCCUGCCGUCUUCAGGCUUACUUCCCCUGCUACGCUGAUGGACGCCUACUGCGACGAACGUCCCGGGAUCUGCGUCGCCUACAGGACGGAAGGCCACCUCCUUAAUCAGCGGCGGAUGCACUUCCAGUCGCACGUAUCCACAAGCACCGUCCACGAACUUCUGUAUGUCAUUGGCUGCGCCCUCAAUGCAACUACUGAGGGAACCAUACGAAGGAGCAUGGAUCUCUUCUCUGCCGCCUGUGACAACUUCGGCCUGGUCAUUAACACGGAGAAGACGGGGAUCAUGCACCAACGCCACCCAACACAGGCCACAAUGCGCCGUAAACCAGCGUGA